GGCGACGCUUCCGGCGGGAGGCAUGUGGGGGCCGGAGCUGGCCGUGCUGAGGGGAGCGGUCGGCCCCGACCGCCGGACCCCGACCGACGGCGGCACAGAAAGCGCAUCCUUGUUGCAGUUGCUAUUAGAAGGGAGCUAUGAAGCCGUUUUCUUCGACCCAGUGAUCCAGAAUGUUUUCGCCCCCCCCUCGACCGCGGAGGAGAAGAUUGACAGUUACCUGGAGAAGCAGCUUUCAGCAUACCUGGACAGGCCCACGGGAUUUGACCAAGCCGAAAGGCAGCAACAGCUCUUCUUGCUUGGAGUGAGCAGUUUGCAGCUUUUUGUUCAGAGCAACUGGACAGGACCGCCUGCGGACUUACGGGCCCAGGAUUUUUUGCCCUCUGCUUUGAUACAGCAGUUUAGUGAGCCCCAAGCACUAAGUGCAAGUGCGCUGAAUUUACUGGUUCUAGAUGGUGAAUCAAUCUACAGUCUGACGUCCAGGCCCAUUCUACUGCUGCUAGCCCGAGUAAUCCUCGUCAAUUUAAGGCACAGAUUCCCAUCUAUCCAGACUUUGCCUUGGUGGACUCUGCGUUGUGUCAAAGUUCACCAGCAAUUGUUAGAAGAACGCUCUCCCAGCCUCUUCACCCUUGCCCAGGCCUGCAUAGAACAAGUGAAGAAAUUAGAGACUCUGUUUACAGAUAAAGCAUGCCAACAUCUGGUCAUUCAGUUCCAUCUUGAGUGUGCUUAUACUUUUCUGUAUUAUUAUGAGUAUAAAAAAGCAAAAGAUGAAUUUGAUGCAGCCAAAGACUCAACCAAACUGCAAGUGGAUUUGACUGGUGCUUUAGGCAAAAGGACCCGAUUUCAGGAAAACUACGUGGCCCAGCUUAUCGUCAAUGUCCGUAGAGAAGAUGACGUCCUUCCCCACUGCGAACUCAGCCCAGCUCCCACACCUCUGGAAAAUUUAACGAAGAAUCUUGAGCUAAAUGAUGAUACAGUAUUGAACGAGAUAAAACUAGCUGAUUGUGAGCAGUAUCAGAUUCCCGACUUGUGUGCCGAGGAGCUUGCCGUCAUCCUUGGGAUUUGCACCAACUUCCAAAAGAACAACCCUGUGCACAAGCUAACCGAGGAGGAGCUGUUAGCAUUCACAUCAUGUUUACUUUCACAACCGAAGUUCUGGGCCAUUCAAACCACAGCCUUGUUCCUCCGAACCAAAGUGGAGAGGGGAAGCACCCGCCGAGUAGAGCGAGCAAUGAUGCAGACCCAGGCUCUGGCGGAUCAAUUUGAAGACAAGACUACCUCAGUAUUAGAACGCCUGAAGAUUUUUUAUAGCUGCCAAGUUCCGCCACGCUGGGCCAUACAGCGCCAACUUGCAAGCUUACUCUUUGACUUGGGAUGCACCAGUUCUGCUCUUCAGAUCUUUGAGAAGCUUGAAAUGUGGGAAGACGUUGUCAUUUGCUACGAAAGGACUGGGCAGCAUGGGAAGGCAGAAGAAAUCCUGAGGCAAGAACUGGAGAAGAAGGAAAGCCCGAGAUUAUACUGCUUGCUGGGCGACGUGCUUCGCGACCACCAUUACUACGACAAGGCGUGGGAGCUGUCCGGGCAUCGAAGCGCCAGGGCCCAGCGCUCCAAAGGACUCCUACACUUGCGGGGCAAGGAAUUCCGAGAGUGCGUGGAGUGCUUUGAACGCUCCGUGAAGAUUAACCCCAUGCAGCUCGGGGUCUGGUUUUCUCUUGGCUGUGCCUAUUUAGCACUGGAAGACUACGGAGGUUCCGCAAAAGCAUUCCAGCGCUGCGUGACAUUGGAACCUGAUAAUGCUGAGGCCUGGAACAAUUUAUCAACGGCUUAUAUCAGAUUAAAACAGAAACUCAAAGCUUUUCGAACCUUGCAAGAAGCUCUCAAAUGCAACUAUGAACACUGGCAGAUUUGGGAGAAUUAUAUUCUUACCAGCACAGAUGUUGGAGAGUUUUCAGAAGCCAUCAAAGCUUACCACCGACUCAUGGAUUUACGAGGCAGCUACAAAGAUGUUCAGGUCCUGAAAAUCCUGGUGCGUGCGGUGGUGGACGGAGUGGCCGAGCGAAGCGGAGCCGUGGCCGCCGGCCUGAAAGGGAAACUGCAGGAGCUGUUUGGCCGAGUGACGUCAAGAGUGACGAGUGACGGGGAGAUCUGGAGGCUGUACGCCCAAGUGUACGGGAACGGUCAGAGUGAUCAUCCGGACGAUAAUGACAAGGUGCUCCAGUACCUCUCCAAGGCGCACAAGUGUGAAAUGCAGUCCGGCGCUUGGGAGAAAGACAUUGCCUCGUUCAAGGAAGUGGUCAGAGGAGCCUUAGAACUCGCACAUGUGGCAGUGAAGUGCAGUGAAAGUAAAUCCAGUCCCCAAGAGGCAGUGCAGGUGCUUUCAUCAUCUCGACUAAACCUGCGUGGUUUGUUGUCCAAAGCCAAGCAACUUUUUCCAGAUCUAGAAAGCGGUGACGUUUCCAGCGAUUUAGCUGACGACGUGAAGGCUAUGGAGAGUUUGUUGUCAGAGCUCCAAGACAGGAGCAACCAACUGAGGAAUCAGUACUGAGCUGCCCAAGAAGUUAUUUUGUGGGAAAGUUGAAGACCAUCAUCUGUUAAACUUCCUCCGUCUCCAGUGGUAGAUCUACGCAGUACAAAACUAGCGCCCUUUAAAAUAAACACCUUCACCAU